GGUCGAAAUCCUCUCUUUUAGUGAUGGCCACAGCUUACUCAUUGCAUACAUGACGGCACAUUGAUCACUAUUUCAGAGGAUCGUCAUACUUCGCACAGUCUUUUCCUGCGUCUGCCACAGUCGCCAACUAUUUCGACGCUUUUGACCACCAUAGACUAUUGACAGCGACAAUAUUGUGCCUAGACUUCUUGCCAAUAGAACUAUUGCAUCGAACAUCCACCUUCUGGGGCCCGAUCAUGGCGGACGCGCGGGGUACGCCUCACCUGAGCAGGAGGAUCAGCGAGUGCCUGCCAGAGCACUUACAAAGCGAUUCCAGCAGCGAGGACGACUACAAUCGCAAAAUCGAGGUCGUCUUCGACUCUGAGAUCGCCCGACGCCGCAAAUCCUCUGUAGUACUGGCCGAACAUCCUAACGUCGAUAAACCCAGCCGGCAUCACGGAGCGCGGUCCAAAUCCCAAUGUCUAGUCCACCAAAUCGUCGAAAAGACCUCCCUCGGCCAACAACCCAAAGUCGAACCGCAGCUCGAACAGAUCGAUGAAGUUGACCCAGGCAUGCCGACCGACGAGAACGAGAGGGAUCCGGUGUCAGGCAAAGACGAGUCUCGCGCGAUAGAGUCACGGUUGCUCACGAAAAAGCAGUUGAGUGACAUGGCCAUAAGUGUGAGAGCGCUGGCGAAGAAAUUGGGUAAUCUGAAGGUCAGACUAAAGAUCCGGGCGAUCUUCUUGCUCACAAAAAUCUACGACAAGACGUUGAUUGCAAAGACAAGGGAGGUGGCUAGGUGGCUGUUGUCGAAAGAUCGAUCGGUGCCGUAUAUCGUGUAUGUCCAGGAUGUGAUGAAGGACAACCCCGUCUUUGAUGCCCAGGGCCUGAUUGCGGAGGAUGCUUCGUACGGCGAACGGCUGAAGUAUUGGAAUGUCGACCUGGCGAGGAAGAGGCCUCAUACAUUCGACUUUGUUGUCACAUUGGGCGGCGACGGGACGGUACUGUAUGCAAGCUGGCUGUUCCAGAGAGUCGUGCCGCCUGUCUUGUCAUUUGCGCUGGGGUCGCUGGGGUUCUUGACAAAGUUCGACUUCAGUAACUAUCAGGAAACUCUAUCGCGGGCCGUUAAGGAUGGCGUGACGAUAAGUUUGCGAUUACGGUUCGAAGGGACUGUUAUGCGAUCGCAGAAACGACACGAUGAUGCUGCGCGUCGAGACAUUGUGGAAGAGUUGAUUGGGGAGGAGGCUGAUGACCGGAAGACGCAUAAGCCGGACCGCACGUUCGAGAUCUUGAACGAUAUUGUGGUUGACCGGGGUCCGAAUCCGACAAUGUCGACUAUCGAGCUGUUUGGAGACGAAGAGCAUUUGACCACGGUCCAGGCGGAUGGGAUAUGUGUGGCCACGCCCACAGGCUCGACCGCGUAUAACCUGGCUGCAGGAGGGUCUCUAUGUCAUCCUGAAAACCCGGUCAUACUGGUCACAGCUAUUUGCGCACACACGCUCUCUUUCCGACCGAUCAUUCUCCCUGAUACGAUCGUUCUACGGCUCGGCGUGCCUUAUGAUGCCAGGUCGAGUUCCUGGGCCAGCUUCGACGGGCGAGAGAGGAUUGAAUUAUCUCCAGGAGAUUAUGUCACAAUAUCAGCAUCGCGGUACCCGUUUGCUAACGUCAUGCCUCCAGGGCGCCGUAGUGAGGACUGGGUUAACAGUAUCUCGAGAACCUUGCAAUGGAACUCAAGACAACGGCAAAAGGCGUACGCGGAUUGGGAUGGGGACAAGGGGGAUCACGAGGAUGCGAAAGGCAAAGACUCUAAGCCAGAUGAUGAUCGGCAGGAUAUGAAGAGAGGCGGACAAGGGCAUCCGGGGUGGCAUAAAGGAUAGAGUAGAGACGAAUGCAGACUGGAAGUACCCACGAGUAGAAUAUCAUGGACACGACGAUGCUCCACACCCA